AAUAACUCGUGGUUUAACUCGUUUAACUGCAUGUCAAAACCAGUCACCGAUGAUCUCAUAUCGUUUGUAUCUUCGGAAUCUUGAAUUGAUUCUCUGACAAAUGGUAGUGCUGGUCGAAUCAACAUAUAUAUAAAUGAAACCAAAAUUGAUCAAUCCGAAAUUAGGACUUCUUAGAGAUUAAUUUACGAAAUUCUCAGGGUUUUUUUGGAUUCUCGAGCAUUAAAUAAAAAGGCUCAAGAACGUGAGAGAUAUUGUUUCUAAAAUUCAUUUGAAAAAUACAAUUCUGUUUUAACAGUCAGCACAACGGGGGCCGAACAGUCAGCCAUGUCCGUCUCACAGAUGGAAAAGAACUUGUUCAAUCUAAAGUUUGCAGUCAAGGAGCUGGAACGAAAUUCAAAAAAAUGCGAGAAAGAAGAAAAAGUGGAGAAAGCAAAGGUGAAGAAGGCGAUACAAAAGGGAAAUAUGGAGGGAGCUCGUAUUCACGCUGAGAAUGCCAUAAGACAAAAGAAUCAAGCGUUGAAUUACUUAAGAAUGAGUGCUCGUGUUGAUGCUGUUGCAAGCCGAGUGCAAACAGCUUUAACAACGAGAAAAGUCACUCAGUCCAUGGCUGGAGUUGUUAAAGCUAUGGAUGCGGCUAUGAAAUCCAUGAAUCUUGAAAAAAUAUCAGGGCUCAUGGACAAAUUCGAGAGCCAGUUUGAAGAUCUUGAUGUACAAAGUUCAUACAUGGAAAAUGCCAUGUCGCAAACUACCACAACAAACGUUCCUCAGAACGACGUAGAUACAUUGAUGCAACAAGUCGCUGACGAGGCUGGCCUGGAGUUGAACAUGGAGCUUCCUUCGGGACAAAUGGGUAGUCUUGGAGCUUCAACCGCGGUUAGUCAAGAACAGGAUGAGUUGACGCAACGGCUGGCUCGACUUCGAGAAUAAAAAUAAUAAAUUCCAAAAAAGUUUUAAAUAUGAAAAGUAAAGUUAAAUACUGACCACACGUGUAAUAUAAUUUAUAUAUAUAUAUUCGUCUGUGCACAGGCGUUUUGCUUGUCGAAUCGCUGAUUCGCACACGAUUGGAAGAUAAUGAAAAAAAGCCUUGUCAACAAAUUUUGUGUUAUUUUUUUUAACAUUGCAGCAUUAAGCUCUUCAAUGAAUAUUUCUAUUUGCUGAAUAAUAAUUGAGCAAUGAGUUUUUAGCUCAUUUGCGAAAAUACUGAAAAAAUCAAGGUUGCAUAAAAAGUUUAAAGCUUCAAUAGAUAUGUGUAAUAUAGCUUUUAUAAAUAAAACCAACGUUGAAUGAAAUAUUCUCUAAGAAUGCUUGCAACGUUACGAUAUUUUCAAGAUGUAAUAAAAAUUUCAACACUCGGCAAAA